UGAGGAGAACGAAAGGAUGAUAAACGUAAUAUUUUCUCAAUUUAGUAUAUUGCUUGCUUUAAAAUAGUGAAAUCACCAAUGGUAUUGUUUCAACUGUGUUUACAUGGGCCAUAGGAAACUUGCAUUUAACAAAAUGUGGUCACGACGUUUUUUGGUCUAUUCUGGAGUACUCUUGCUACCAAUAAUUGUAAUAUUUCUGUAUACUUCAACACACUAUGUUUAUCCGAGAUUGAACGUAACAUCUUCAGGAGCUCGUGACAUAAUAACAACAACCUUACAACAACACAAGUCUGAAAGAAUGUCAUCAAAUAUGACCAUCAGCAAAACAUGUUCAAUUAAAAUCAACAGCCAAUGUGCGAAUCUCAUGACAUUGCGGUCAGAAACUCUUACUGAGACCACGUGGUUGCCGGCUGACGACAAAAAUGACACGUUUGUGUUUUCUGCGUUCUACGACAGCAAAGACAGCCAAGUUCUUCUGGUGGGACUUACAUCAGGUGGAGUCCACAGCACGUGUCAAAUGUGGUAUAUGUCAGAUGACGGCACUGACUUUAUAAUGGAAGAGAGCGGCCUUCUAGUUUUUAAAUCACUCCCAGAGACCCAUGACAAUAGAUACGCUGCGACACUAUUUAAAUGCGUUUCCCAACUCAAACGGAAGCCAACGUACAUUUCCGUUGCGGAAAACUCUUGCCGUCAACCGUCAAGCCUUAUUGUCGUAAAAUCCACAGAUACACCUCAAACAUACCAACGCAGAUUUACCUUGUGUCUUAUGCCUAUACAUAACAACUAUAACGACUCUUACGCUUUGGUGCAGUGGAUUGAACUGAAUCUUCUGCUAGGUGCUGAUAAAUUUGUUGUGUAUAAUUAUUCGUCUGCUUCAAACAUCGGGAUUAUUUUAGACAUGUACACAAAACGCAACAUCAUUGAAGUUGUACAAUGGCCUAUUCCUGUCAAAGAUGUUCAUUAUUUCGGACAAGUUGCUGCUUUACAAGACUGCCUUUACCGAAACAAGCAUGAUUCUGAAUUUGUUGUAAAUGAAGACCUAGACGAGUUUAUUAUCCCACUAAAAGAAAAUAUUACAACAUGGGCCAAAUUAAUCGAUCAUUUGAAUGGUGGAGCAUUUAUAUUCAGAAAUUCUUUUCACUUGAUGUCAUCUGGAAAUAAAACUUUCUAUAAUAUAUCAUUUGCCGAAAAGUUUCAUUUAUCAACUCUCCUUAUGUCGAGACGUGAACGAAAGCUGUGGCUACACAAACAACGUUCGAAGUACAUAGUGAGGACGUCUAAAGCGACGUCACUUAUGAUCCACGAGGUGCCAGCGCUGCCAAGUGAUGCACGAGAAACGUUAAUGCCAGAGGACGACGCGAUAGUUCAACAUUUCCGAAACUCAGAUGAACAUGUAUCACUAGAGCAAACCGUUGCUGACGUAACUAUCAGAGACAAAUAUGGUCAACAGUUAAUUAAUAAUGUUCAACGCGCAUGGGAGAACAUAAAACGUGUAGUAUAAAAAAGUGUUUGCUUCUCUUACGGUAAACGAUAGUAGAAACUUGAUUUAUCUAAUAGUUAUUUCUUCGAGUAUUACACAGUUUUCAUUUAAAUUGUUCCUUUCAAAAUGUAUCAUUUACAAACACAUGUAUUAUAUUUCAAAGGGGUGGGCGAUUAAACUACCUUCGAAAGAAUUUCGUUAUAAUUUACUAAAUAGUUGGAGUACUUCUAUAAUAACUGUGUAUUUUUUUCUUUUAGUUUCUUGCCGUAGUUUAGAGUGUUUGUUUUAAGCUAUUUAUUUUAUUUAACACCAGUCUUAAAGAUGAUUAUUUCUAACUCUUGCUGCAGUUUAAUGUAUGUAGAUUGCCAAUUGCCGCGUUACCAUUACCAACUGAAUGCUGAAAUAUGAACGAUACUGUCAUUCGAUUUUAUUUUGAUUUCUUUUUAUGUUUUUCAAUGAAUGUAGAAUAUACCUAGAUGUGUUUUGUGUUUGUGUGCAAUUGUUUAAUACAAGCAUUUGAAAGAACAAUGUGUCUGAUCUGUCUAGUAUUUCAAAAUUUGUUCAACUACAGUUUG